CUCUCACAAACUGUAGUUUUGUCCAACUUUUUAGUUGAGUUCUUCAAACUCUCCUCCGUCAACAGAAGAAACUGAAAGCACAAGUAGUGCACAGAGAGAGAGGGUGGGUAGAGAGAGAGAUUGGUUGUGAAGAAUCAAGAAGUAAAGAAUAGUACAAUAGGUUGCGGGAAUAGGAUCAAAGUUUGUUGUGAGUCAGGUAAGAACAAUAGUAUUGGAGAGAGAAAAUGUUUGUACGUGUAUCCCAAGAAUCCCCAAUUUCACUGCAUGAUUGCGUACACAGGCAUUAACACAAAUAUGUUAUGUGCAUCAAGAACAUGAAAAUUCAAGGGAGGUAGUCAUGGUGGAUCAGCGUAGAAGGGUAGUGUUUCUGUGGGCUUUGUUCUUUCUACUGUUUAACUCUAGUCUUGAACAAUUGAAUGUGCCAUUGAGUUCGCGGGUGGAGAGAUUGGCUUUGCUUCAACUGAGAUCAUCAUUAGGUUUGAGAGCAAAAGAGUGGCCUAUAAAGGCUGACCCUUGCUUCAACUGGACUGGUAUACAAUGCCAGAACGGUAGAGUCAUUGGGAUCAACAUUUCUGGGUUUCAACGUACACGAAUUGGUAGUCAAAAUCCUCAAUUCUCAGUCGAUGCUCUUUCAAAUUUCACUUUUUUACAGUUCUUUAAUGCUUCUAGAUUUGCUCUUCCCGGUUCAAUUCCUGAAUGGUUUGGAAUUAGGCUUGUUUCACUCCAACUGCUUGAUCUUCGCAAUUGUGCAAUUAUCAGUGAAAUACCUUCUAGUCUUGGAAAUUUAACUAAUCUUACUGCUUUGUAUUUGUCCGAUAAUAGUCUUACUGGGAUAAUUCCUUUUAGUUUGGGUCAGUUGUCUCGCCUUUCAGUUCUUGAUCUCUCUCAAAACUCGCUUGCUGGAUCCAUUCCUUCCUCCUUCGCCUUUCUUGGAAAUCUUACUUUACUUGACAUGUCUUCGAAUUUCUUGUCCGGGACUAUUCCUCCGACGAUUGGGACAUUGUCAAAGCUUCAGUUCUUGAAUCUUUCUGUGAAUAACUUGUCUUCUUCGAUGCCACCACAACUCGGCGACCUUUCUAAUUUGGUUGACAUUGAUCUUAGCUCCAAUUUUUUGUCUGGGUCAGUGCCGUCCGAUUUGAGAGGGUUAAGGAAUUUGCAGAAAAUGAUAAUUGGGAACAAUUUACUCGCAGGCGCAUUGCCAGGUAAUUUGUUUCUUCCUUUGUCUCAGUUGCAGUUUGUAGUUCUGAGUCACAAUGGUUUCACUGGUGAUCUUCCUGAUAUAUUGUGGUCAAUGCCUGAAUUGCGAUUUCUUGAUGCCUCUGCCAAUAAUCUCACCGGUACACUGCCUAAUCUUAGUUCGAAUGCUAAUACCACCACUGCAGUCUUUAACCUCUCCCAGAAUAUGUUUUAUGGAGAUCUUACAUCCAUAAUCAGUAGGUUCAGUUUUAUCGAUCUGUCUGGGAAUUAUUUCCAAGGUAAGGUUCCGGAUUAUGCUCGUAGUAAUGCGUCCCUGACUGAAAAUUGCCUCCAAAGUGUGUCAAGUCAGAGGACUGCGGCGGAAUGUGCAUCAUUCUAUGCUGCAAAGGGCCUGACAUUUGAUAAUUUUGGACAGCCAAAUGCCACCCAACCUCCACCUUCCCCUCCCAAAUCCAACAAGAAGAACCGCCGAACCUUAAUCAUAUUGGCAGGAGUUCUGGGGGGUCUCGGAUUCAUUGCCCUGGUGGUAGUUGUGCUGGUAGUGGUGAUUAUCUGCAGCCGUAAGAGGAGAGCAGCCACCCAAAGAGGUAUCGGUGUGGGAGCCGUUCCAACUGGUGGAAGUCCACCUCUUCCUGGAGUUUCUUUGAACUUUUCAAGUCUGGGGGAAGCAUUUACAUAUCAGCAGAUUCUCCAAGCCACGGGCGACUUCAGUGAUACAAACUUCAUUAAACAUGGUCAUUCUGGUGAUCUCUUCCGGGGUAUCCUUGAAGGUGGGAUUCCUGUAGUCAUUAAAAGAAUUAGUUUGCAUUCCGUGAAAAAGGAAGCACACAUGUUAGAGUUGGACUUUUUCAGCAAGGUUUCUAUUCCUAGAUUGGUAUCUCUCGUGGGACAUUGUUUGGAGAUUGAGAACGAGAAGUUUCUGAUUUACAAAUAUAUGCCCAAUGGAGACUUGUCAAGUUCUUUGUUUAAGAAAAAUAAUUUGGCCGACGAUCCUUUACAGUCAUUGGAUUGGAUAACGAGACUAAAAAUUGCAAUAGGAGCUGCAGAGGGUCUGUCUUAUCUACAUCAUGAAUGUACUCCACCCCUUGUUCACAGAGAUGUUCAAGCCAGCAGCAUACUUCUUGAUGAUAAAUUUGAAGUGCGGUUAGGGAGCCUAAGUGAGGUCUGUGCACAAGAAGGGGACACUCAUCAAAACAGAAUUACCAGGUUGCUGCGGUUACCACAGACAUCUGAACAAGGGUCUUCUGGUACACCUACUGCGGCAUGUGCCUAUGAUGUUUACUGCUUUGGGAAGGUGUUGCUCGAGCUGGUAACAGGCAAGCUGGGUAUAAGUGCAUCCAGUGAUGCCACCAUGAAGGAUUGGUUGGAAGCGACGCUACCCUACAUUAGUAUAUAUGACAAGGAACUCGUGACAAAUAUUGUUGACCCAUCUCUAGUCAUAUAUGAAGAUUUAUUAGAGGAAGUUUGGGCCAUCGCUGUUGUUGCCAGGUCUUGCCUCAAUCCCAAGCCUUCAAGGCGGCCCCUUAUGAGAUUUAUCCUUAAAGCUUUAGAAAAUCCAUUGAAAGUAGUAAGGGAAGAACACACUAGUUCUGCAAGGCUGAGAACUACUUCCUCUAGAGGGUCUUGGAAUGCUGCUCUGUUUGGUAGCUGGCGUCAAAGCUCGUCAGAUGUAGCGGCCGUUUCUGAAGCCCCGACUAACAAAGCGGAAGGUGGGAUUAGCUUUAUACGGUCAGGAACCACGGGUUCUCAAGAAAGUGGUCAAAAUGGUGAAGGCGGUGGCCAUUCAUCCUCGACUCGAUGGCAGUCCAAGGAGAUUUUCCCCGAACCGCUGGAUGAGCAUGAUGAAGAGGGCAAAUGAGGACUAGAAAAGAGGUUUUUUGUUAAUAACACAGCAGGCUUCCUAUUUGAGUGCCUUGCUUGUUGGUGCCCCUGUAUAUUCUCCUCCAUUUUGGAGUUCUGGGGUGGCAGAGCCAUUUUUUGUUCGUUCUUGGUGUGUUCGACAGGCCCACUGAAGAGGAAUGGAUACUGAAAUGUGGAGGAGAUUCUUGUCGGCGAUGCCCAAUUGUUUAUGGGUUUUUGAUUUUAGGACUUCAUGGAAACAGAGACAGAAGAGAAUUGCCAGUGGUGGUUCUUGUUUCUUAUUUGUUUGAUGGCUUGUUUAAAUU